AGAUUUUGACUGUAAACUUUCUCAGCAAAAACAUUCUGCGGCAUUACCACCUAAAUAGUAAUUUAGUAGUAGGAUGAUGGAAAACUCAGGAUUUCUUGGACACAUUCGAAUCAAGAGUGAUCUCGUACGGCAGUGCUUAUCCGAAUUCAUUGGGACCCUUAUACUUGUAUUAUUUGGAGACUCUAUCCUAGCAGUGGUUAUUCUAGGAAAAAUUGGAUCAGUUGGUGCAGUGGCCGUGCCCUUGGGAUGGGGAUUAGGCUUAAUGAUCGGAAUCGCCGUGUCUGGAGGAGUAUCUGGUGGUCAUCUGAAUCCAGCCGUUACCAUAGCCUUUGCAACCGUAGGAAAGUUCAAGUGGAGAAAGAUCCCAGCUUUCCUAGCCUCACAAUACCUUGGAGGAUUUGUUGCAGCAGCUAUUGUGUUUUUUGUCUAUGAAGGUGCUUUUGAAAAUUUUGAUGGUGGAUUCCGCAGUGUGAUAGGAGAGAAUGCAACUGCUCAUAUUUUUGCCACGUACCCUCAGGAGUUUGUCCAUACUGGUAAUGGAUUGAUAGAUCAGAUUCUUGGAACCUUCUUGCUCAUGAUAGCAAUCAGCGCCAUUAUCGACGACAAGAAUAUGAAUAUAGCUCAGGGUCUUCAGCCCUUGCUCAUUGGGCUAUCUCUUACGGCAAUCAUCAAUUGUUUUGGGUUUAACUGCCAGGCGUCACUUAACCCAGCUAGAGACCUGAGUCCCAGGAUAUUUACUGCUAUGGCUGGAUGGGGUGUAGAAGUGUUUAGCUUUCGAAAUUACAACUGGUUCUGGGUACCUGUGAUUGGUCCACAUAUCGGAGCAGUUUUAGGUGUAUGGAUCUACAAACUUAUGAUUGAACUACAUUGGCCAGCUGAUAGCUAUGACUUCGAUCAAAGUUUCAACAACUUUAAAGAGUUGACUUUUGGAUCAUCCAAACGAGAUGUCAACGUAGAAAUGAAGAAUGUCGAAAUAACUGAUGCCAAGAAAUAAGGAUACCUAAGUAUCUACUCCCACGUUGCAAGAGAAUUACAACAUCUCAUCUAUUGGAGAUUUCCAGGACAUAUGCUAAAUCCUGAAAGCAACUGAGUUUUUCUCACCAUACUAUGUCAUCUUGGUUGGGCACUUUGUGUUUUGAAUUGCACUUUUUGUUGGUUGUAUAUUGUUAUCUACAAGAAUCCUUUAAUUAAUCUUCAUACCAUAACGUGUAGAAGCACAGCACUGUUGUUGUUGCUUUUCUCUUUUUCAACAGUGGGAACCUUAUCGUGCACUCAAGGUUUAAGUGUUUCUACUACAUUUCCAGAAGAGGAAGAGUUCUGAAGUAAAGUCUUAGUUAAAAAACUUCAAAUUUCUAUAAAAUAAUACAUAAUAUAAUUUAUUGAACUAGUUGCAAAGAAAAUAAAAUUGAUUACAAAUAUAAAUUCUUUUGUUUGUAAUAUGGUGAAAUACGUUUGUAUUAAUGCCAACCCUUAUUAUAGUAGUGUGAACAGAUGUUAUCAUCUUCGGACAACAGCAAAUUCUGACGUUCAACAUUUUAACUUUUUCCACAUUGUUUGAAUUACCCAACCAUCCAUUAACCAGGAUAAAGUGCAGUGAAUGAUGUGCUGACAAGAAUUACACGUAUUGUUCAAAGAUUAUAGUCAGUUCAAGUACAUAUAGGAAGAGUUAUAAACAUUUAAGUUAGUACAUUGUAUUGAGUUAAACAUUUGUUAUAUGAUUUGUUGUAUUUACUUAGACUGAUAUUUUCUAAAGGGAUAGUUUUUAAUGGUCAAGGAAAUUAAAGUGUCAUUUACAUGCAUUUUUGCAACCAUUUUUCAUAUUUAUGUUUGUUUAUUUAAGCAAGUUUCGUAGUUAUAACUAAUGCUAACUGGGGCAUUUGUUUGAAUAGAAAUA